AUGGCCAUCGCCGCCGCCAUUUCCCUCUCUCUCCCACAACAAACCCGUCGUUUCUCCGUCACCAUCGCCCCGUUUCGAUCAAUUUCUUCUCUUCGUUUCGAUUCUCUCCGUUCCAAUCUUUCUCUUAAAACCCCCAACUUUCGAGUUUCCGCAUCUUCCAUGAGCAUCGGAACUCCCGAGAAAAUCUCCACGACGUCGUUUCUUGACCGAAGAGAAAGUGGAUUCCUUCACUUCGUUAAGUACCACGGCCUCGGGAACGACUUCAUUUUGGUUGAUAAUAGGGACUCGACGGAAUCGAGGAUUACGCCGGCGCAAGCGGUGAAGUUGUGCGAUAGGAACUUUGGUGUUGGAGCUGAUGGAGUGAUUUUUGCUAUGCCUGGAAUCAACGGCACUGAUUAUACUAUGAGAAUCUUUAACUCUGAUGGUAGCGAGCCUGAGAUGUGUGGUAAUGGGGUGCGGUGCUUUGCCAGAUUCAUUGCUGAGCUUGAAAGUUUACAGGGGAAGCAUAGUUUUACCGUGCAUACCGGUGCUGGUUUAAUUGUUCCAGAAAUUCAAGAUGAUGGGAAGGUUAAAGUUGAUAUGGGUGAACCAAUUCUUAAAGCAUCAGAUGUUCCUACAAAAUUACCAGCAAAUAAAGAUCAAUCUGUUGUUAAAUCAGAUCUUAAUGUAGAUGGAGUGAUUUGGAAUGUGACUUGUGUUAGUAUGGGAAAUCCACAUUGUGUAACUUUUGGCACCAAAGGAAGCCAGAAUUUGACUGUUGAUGAACUAAAUCUAGCAGCAAUUGGUCCUAAAUUUGAGCAUCAUGAAAUGUUCUCAGCUAGGACUAACACAGAAUUUGUGGAAGUUUUCUCUCGUUCACAUAUGAAAAUGCGUGUUUGGGAGCGUGGAGCAGGAGCAACACUGGCUUGUGGAACUGGAGCUUGUGCUGUGGUGGUCGCAGCUGUUCUUGAAGGACGUGCUGGGCGGAGUUGCACGGUUGAUUUGCCCGGAGGACCAUUGGAGAUUGAAUGGAGGGAGGAAGACAACCAUGUGUACAUGACAGGCCCAGCUGAAGUAGUGUUUUAUGGAGCAGUGCCACUGUGACAAAUCUAACGCUAAACCAAUUUUUCAUGAUGGAGAGAACUCAUUUACUAAAUGAAUUCUGUUGAAAUAUAAGACAAAUGGUAGGCUUUUGAAUGUGGACAUUCUUUUUGGUUCUAUGUUUAAGAAUGUCAGUGGUAUGCAUGUUUGUCCAAAAAAAAAAGGAUGGUUGUGAUUAAAUGUAAAAUUCCUACUUAAGAUCACAACGGUGAUUAGGGAUUUAAUUAAGAUUUGGAUUCAUAAAUGAUGCCUAAACUGGGAAAAAUUAAUUAACCAAAUGAAGUUCGUAAUGAAAGUUUAGAAUACGGGAAAGUUACCCAAAGUACAGAUGACAGCUCUGAUCAUCGUAGCGUCUUAAUUGAAUAGUCACGCCAAGGUGCCCCGAACUUUUUUAAAUAAAGGCCAUGUGUUCCAAUGGCU